AUAUUGUGCUUCAGCAGAGUUAUUAAAAAUAAGUGUGAUAAUGAUUAUGAUUGUGAUUACGAUAACAAAAUUUCAAAUUUUAUAUAAAAGAAUAUCACGCAAGACGAAUUUGUCAAAAACAAGGAUCAUGAUAUCAAGAUUAAUAAUAUUUUGUUCGUUGAUAUUCGUUGCAAAUAAAGAGGUCGUUUCAUCCCCUGUAACUGAAGCACAGUCCGAAGACGAUGAUUUAAUAGUUGAAUUGGAGAAUUUAGGCAAAAUCCGUGGACAUAUUCUUCAAAGUUCUGAAGGAAGCAAUUUCUAUGCUUUUCAAGAUAUUCCUUAUGGAGAAUCCACAGCAGGAAGUAACAGAUUUAAGCCGUCCAAACCUCGUGGUCCAUGGGAUGGAGUACUAAAUGCCACCGAAAAUAAGAAAACCUGUCCACAAAUAUCGAUGAGGCUUAAUUAUUUGAAUUCUGGCUCAGAUCAAUCUGAGGACUGCUUGGUUCUGAAUGUAUAUACACCAGUAAAACCCAGUUCCGAUAAAUCAUUACCGGUAUAUUUUUGGAUACAUGGUGGAGGUUUUGUUCUCGGUAGUGGUUCAAUAUCUACAUUCGAUCCAAAGUAUUUGAUUGAUUACGAUAUAGUAAUAGUAACAAUAAACUAUCGCCUAGGAGUACUUGGAUUUUUAACGACACUAGAUGACAGUAUACCGGGUAAUUUGGGACUCAAGGAUCAACUUCUGGCCCUUAAAUGGACACACGAUCAUAUCCAUAAAUUUGGGGGUGAUCCCAAUCAAGUAACCGUAGGCGGAGCAAGUGCUGGAAGUAUGUCCACUGGAUUUCAAUUGCUAAGUAGAGCAUCUAAAGGGUUGUUUAGGGGAAUUAUCCAACAAAGUGGGUCACCGUUAUCUCGAUAUUUUUAUCCAUGGGAUGACAGAGAGCACGCAUUUGAAUUUGGCAAAGCCUUAAAUAGUUCAUUUACAUCAACCGAAUCAAGUGAUUUAUUAGAAUUAUUACAACAAGCGUCUUACACAGAUAUACUAGAUGUUCAGAAGAAGUUUUCAGCUGGGAUUUCAAUUGUAGGAUUUACGGAUAGUUUAAUUUAUAAGCCAGUUCUGGAGGAUGAAUCCAACGAUGAUGCUUUCGUUACCGAACCCAUGCAUGGUGCUGUACUAAAUGGCCAUUUUAAUUUAGUGCCUAUUCUUUUGGGCAUCAAUUCCGAAGAAGCUUUAUAUUUCUUUGGUCACACAAAGAAUGCAACCCUUGAAGAAAGAGCUAAAUUUUUUGAUGAAAGUCCAGCAAAUCUGGUAGCAGAGUCCCUUAAUAUAGUUGAAGAAGACAGAGAGACAGUUGGCAACGGUUUUAAAGAGAUAUACAACACUUCUUCUUUUGUAGAAGAUACAAAUGCAUUUGUAAAGUACACUAGUAACGAAGUUUUUACUCGAGCUGUAAUACGUCAAGCUGAAGGUGCCUCCCAAUAUGUACCUGUUUAUCUGUAUCAGCUAUCAUGGUUACCAGAAAACAGCACGGAUAUAGGAGUCCCGCAUGGAUCUGAAGGAUGGUACUUUUGGGGUGGAACGCCUUCUGGCCCAAUUACCGAAUCACUUCGAAAGCCUCUACUAAAAUUGUGGACUAAUUUUAUUAAUACCAGAAUCCCACUCCAGAGGCGAAUCACGAAACGCAAAACGUAAUUUGGCCCAAGGUACAACCGGGCGUUGUCAAGUAUUUAGAUUUAAAUACGCAGUUUACAGUUCAGGAUAAUCCCCGAGAUUAUUAUAGUUUUAAAUCUCUAUUGGACCAGUACAUAUAUCCACCCUAUGUAACUUAUUAAUUUUUAGAAUAUAAAAUACUACAGUUAAUUAAAAUAAAUAUAUAAAAACAA